CUUGUUUCAAUGCGUCUAACCACUUAUCAGAAGCCUACUUCGAUUAGCUGAUCUGUAGUGAUAAACAUGAGUAUGUACUCAACCAUAAUUUAAAUACUCAAGUUAUCAACUCAUAGCUUCACACCAUCACAAGCCAGAGAUAGAUUGAGAGAGAGAGAGAGCGCGAGAGACAAUGGAAGAUAUCAUGAAUGGGAAAUGGAAAGAUGCUCUCACAGAUUGGAAAUCUAUGGCUUCUAUGUACGCAGCACUGACAUUACUGAGAGGUGCUGUUAGAGAUUUAGUACCUCCUGAAGUAUAUCAAGCUGCAAAAAGUUCAUACUCUUACUUCUUUUCUAAAGUUCAACCCAAGUUUCUUACAAUACAUAUUCAACAAUAUGAAAACGAUUAUGAUGAUAACUCAAUUUUCAAAGCAGCUGAAUGUUAUCUUAGUACCAAGUGUUAUACAUCUUCUUCUGAAUUGCUAAGGCUUUCGAAGAUCAAAAACGCAAAGAAUCACACUUACGCUAUGGUUCCGAAGCAAGUAAUCAAAGAUUUCUUCAAUGGAGUCCAAUUCAGGUGGACUUUGUUGGAGAAUGAUGAGACAAAACGAUACAAAAGUGCUAGAGGAUUCUAUUUGGAAGUUUCUUUUGAAAGUAAAUAUAAGGAGAUAGUGGAUUCAACUUAUCUUCCUCAUAUAACCAAAGAAGCCGAAGUUUUCCAAUUCCGCAAUAGAGAGAAGACACUUUAUACCAAUCGAUAUGGAGAUGGCUGGUCACAGGUUUGUCUUUUCAGUCAUCCUUCUACAUUCGAUACAAUUGCGAUUGAUCCUUCUCUUAAAAAGGAGAUUCAAGAUGAUUUAAACAAGUUUGUUAGCAGAAGUGAGUUUUAUACUAGAGUUGGAAAAGCAUGGAAAAGAGGUUACCUUCUCUAUGGUCCUCCUGGAACAGGAAAAACAAGUUUGAUUGCUGCAAUUGCUAAUCACUUGGAAUUUGAUGUAUAUGACAUGGAAUUAACUUCUGUUAGCAGGAACGAAGAUUUAAGAGAGCUGUUAAUAAAUACUUCAAGCAAAUCAAUUAUUGUGGUCGAAGAUAUUGAUUGUUCGAUACAUAUUGACAAUCGAAAAAAGAAAAACAAGCGCAGAAGGAACAAUGACUCUAAUUCUGUGAGCUUGUCUGGUGUCUUGAACUUUGUUGAUGGGCUUUGGUCACCUUGUGCAGGGGAAAGGUUGAUUAUAUUUACUACAAAUCAUAAAGAGAAACUCGAUCCAGCUUUACUGAGGUCAGGUCGAAUGGACAAACAUAUUUUGCUUUCUUAUUGCAACAUGGAAUCAUUUAAGGUUUUAGCCAAGAAUUACUUGAAACUCGAAGAACAUGAGUUGAUGAAAGAAAUUGAAGAACUGUUGGGCUUAGUUGAGAUUACACCAGCUGAUGUUGCCGAGUGUUUAAUGAGUUAUGAUGAAGAUCCAGACAUGGGUAUGAGAAAUGUGGUUGGACAGCUGAAGAAGAGAUUGCAUACGAAGAACAACAAAAACAAAGAGAAAGAUACCAAGAAGAAAUUAGGGUCUGAUAUUAAAGAAAAACAGAAGGCCAAGAAGAAAAAAGGAAGGAAGAACAAAAGACAGGAGUUAGAUGACUCGGAUGAGUCUGAUAAAUCAGAGAGCUCAGAUGAGUCUGAUCAGUCAAAUAGCUCAGAUGACGCGAAUAACUCUGACGAGUCAACUGGCUCAGAUGAUUCAGAUAGUUAUGAAACAGCUGAAUCAGAUGAUGGAUCAAAUGAAUUACUACAUUUUACCGAUGAAACGAUGAUGGCCAUAAUAAAUAUGAUGAUGAUAUGAUGUUGAAGCUGAACCAUCAGACGACUAAACAGAGUAUAGUCCGAGUCUUGUGCAUGUUGAAAGUGCUAGUAGUUUUUCUUAUUCAAACUAGCAUAUAGUAUAUGAAUGAUAUUACUGUAUCAAGUCCUUUUUAUCAACAAAUUAGCAAAAACUACUUAAGACAGCCAUUAAAUUCAGUGAACCAAUUCUUCCUAUUUUACUUGUUUUUCAUAUACUAGUCAUUGUAAACUUAAAGAACACAACAAUCUUGAGAAUACUAAUAGCCAGAUAUCAAUUUUACUGUU